AUGAACUUUCUAGACCCCAAUUCAUUAUCUUUAUAUUUUUCAUCAUCGUCAACAUGUGAAAUUGUUAAAGUUGUUCCAAUAUGUUUCUCAUUUAUUUCUCUGGAUUAUACAAUUGAUAUUGUGGGUACUUGUGAUGGUUUGGUUUGUUUGAGUAUGACCGGUUGUGGUAAUUGGGAUGUCAUUUUUCUUUGGAAUCCCUCUACUAGAGAGUAUAAGAGAUUACCUUCAUCUUCAACUCGAGCUUUAAAGCCUUAUGCUAACAAAUAUGGGUUUGGUUAUGAUUGCUCUAUUGAUGAUUACAAGUUAGUAAAAGUUGUGAUCUUUGAUAAAUCUUCUAACCAUUCUAAAGUUGAAGUGUAUUCAUUAAAUUCAAACUCAUGGAGAACCAUUGAUAUUAUACCAUGGUUCAUUGAUAAUAUGAAAACUGGGGUGUUUGAUGAUGGAGCUCUUUAUUGGUCAGUCGUUCACCUACCUGAUGAAAAUGAUCUUAUCAUUCGCUUCGAUUUUUCCAAUGAAACUUUCAAAGAGAUUCCUCUACCGCCGACGGAAUAUAAGAACCUUUGA